ACAGUACAUAUUUUGUUUGCGUUUUAAGCGACUUUGUUUAGAAUAGAAAGCCAUUUCACAAGUUUGGGUAAAAUUGACGAUAAUUUUAGAGAAAUCUUCGGUUUAUUCUGAUAUUUACCAUUUUGUAGCAUGAGCUACGUUGGUUGUCUUGUAUCCCUGAAUUGCGGGGAAUCUCUUGGUACAUACCAGGGGCAAGUGAGGAAGGUAGAUAACUCUGCACAGUCUCUGUCUAUAAGUCAUCCAUUCAGAAAUGGAGUCAAAUGUGAAGUUCCAGAGGUGACAAUAAGUGCCUGUGACAUUAAAGAGUUGAGAAUAAUAAAAACAUCCCAGGAGGCAGACAAGGUUUUACCUAAAUAUUCAACACCUUCAAAACUAUCAAAAGAGACUGCUGAGGAGUUGGACUCGGUUGCAUCUCCGGGUAGAAUUGCAGAAUCUAAGCUCGAGCCAAAUGGAAAUGCUUCAACUGGAAAUAGUAAUAAAUCAUGUGUGAACAGUAAUGCCAGAGAUAGAUACACGAAUGAUAGGAGGUCUACUCCAACAAAAGAUAGACUUGGAAUGGACUUUAAUAACACAAAUGGGAGUCCUCAUGGAUACAUGGCCGCACGAGACAGGGAUAAUAGUGCUAAUGGGAAUGGGCACAGGAGUUACUCUGUAUCAUCAAGGUAUUUCUAUGAUUGGUGGUUUUACAUUCCGUUUGGGCUAUUUUUUUUGUUACGUUUAGGUUGUGAAGGUAGUAAAGGUUGUAGGAAUAACAAUAGAAAUACCCCAACAAAAGACGAACAGUUCAGUGGUAGAAGAAAUUCAGAAUCAGAGGGACGGGCCUCCCAUAAAUCAAGUGUUCCAAGAAAGAUAGAGUUCCGGAAAAAGCCGAAUUCACGUCAGGACUGUUUUAGUGCCCCGGUAGACUCACUGUUAGAUGAGUUUGACUUUGAGAAAAAUCUAGCACUGUUUGAUAAGAAAGCAGUAUUUGAAGAGAUCGAAAGUAAUAAUCCUGAUGUAAUACGUAUAAGUGAUAAAAAACCUACUAAAUAUAGACAUGAUGAGAAUGUGCUCCAGUCAAAACCAGUAACAUUUCAGCAAAUACGAGUGCCAAAAGAUUAUGGAAAUUCCUACGUAACAGACUCAGGUUUAGUGGUUCCCAGUAUUGAUUAUGACCUUAGAAACAAGUUGUUUGAUAUUGCUGAAGCUUGCGGGUUUUCCAUGGAGAGAAGGUUAGAAAUGAUUGGACGAUCCUCCAGUGAGAUGGUUCUACAGCUGUUAGGAGGGAGUAGCAGGUUAAACCCGCAGAAUGGGCACCAAUUGCCAACAGUUUUAGUGCUGUGUGGGCCCCAUAUUCAGGGAGCCCAGGGUCUUAACUGUGCCCGGCAUCUAGUCAACCAUGGUGUACGUACUGUUGUGUUCUUACCCAACUUCCUCAGGAUGGUGCAAUGCGUUGAGCAGGAACUCAAAAUGUACGAAAUGUGUGAUGGCAAGAGAUAUAGUCUUGAUAAAGAUAUUCCCACUUGUUCAAUAGAUAUGAUAGUAAAUUGUAUGGACAGUCAUGAAAAUUCAUUUCUGAAAGAUCAGGCCUGGUACCAAACUCAUGUGAGAUGGGUCAGUCACAGCAGGGCACCAGUCUUCACAAUAGAUCCACCAAUAGAAAGUGUUGAUAUUCUUCCAAAGUGGUGUUUGUAUCCUGUCCUGCCAUUGGCUAGAACUGAUGUGACACCUCAAGUAUACUUAUGUGACCUUGGACUUCCAAAAGAGGUGUUUAAGAAUGCUGGCAUCACAUACAAGUCACCAUUUAGUCAUAAGUUUAUAAUUCCCUUGCAUCCCCAGUCAUAGACUGCUGCCAGUCCUAUUACCUGAACAUACAUUUUAAAUUCAUUGGUUAUGUUUUGGUUAUGCACCAGAAAUUUCACAUACAUUAAUAAUAACAAGGUGACUAAUAGAGUAUGUCAGUAUUACAGAUUUUGAGUCAGUUUGUUAGGAUCUUUCAAUCAGUUAUGAUUUUGAAGAAUAUAUGGUGGCUUGUUAUUGAACAUACCAGAAUAUAAAAGGAAGCGUUCUUCUGGUACAGAAAGGUAUAAAAGCAGUUGUGAGAUACUUGCAUGUAUUCUCUAAAUGCCUUAAACAGAUAAUCAUUUGAAUUGCAUUAUAUAUCACAGACUUUUGUUUCCAGUGAAAUGUGCAUUACUUAGUUUUAAGUGCUUUUAAUAGGAUAGGAAUGUUCGUUGAUUUCCUUAGGGAAUUGUUAGCUGUAUACUGUCUUUUAUUGUCAUUCCUCGUCUUUUUUAAGGCUUUGAAUUGAAGAAACUCGACCUUAAAGACAUUUUUAACAACUGUGAAUAGACUUUGUUUCAUGCUAUAAUCCUUUAAUUUAGAUAUAUUUAUCAAAGAAUCAAGGUCUUCACAUUGUUUAUCAUCUGAUUUACCACAGUUCAAAAGCACAGGAAUUGAACCACAAUGGCGUGAGCCUGAGAGGUUAAAUGUCCAGGCAUCUGAAUGAUGACCUGUGGUAAAUAAGAGUUUAUACAAAACCACAACAAGAAAGCCUUGUUUAUUUUAAGUGUACUAUGCUCAUUGAAACAUAGGGUAAAAAGUAUGCUAAACUUCAUUCAUCAGAGUAGCUAUUUGAUGUCAUAAUGUUCUCUUACCUGUUCCCACGUCAACUGUUGUUUAUUGCACAAUAUACAAUGCUUGACUACUGACAAAGAUUAUGUUAGAGUGGUUGGUUGUAUUCUAAUAAUUUCACAGCUCCUAUUAGUUACAUCAUCUAAGUAUGAUUUCAGUGCUACUGAAUGGGAAUAAAUUGCAAUAACUAAUAAAAAUUAUAUAAAAAAAAUCAACUGCUUACAUGUCUAGAUGUGUGCAACAUUAUGUCACUCAUUUGUUGUUCCCAUCAGUCUUUAAAAUCACUCAAAGGUUAUUUUUUUAACUAAACCAGCAUUAAGGUGCUGAAAUAAAAACUUAAGAAAGGAACAUUGUUUACUGAAACCUAUUUUACUUGUGAUCGCCAUACAUUUGUCCAUUAUUUUGACAAGUGCAAUGUAUGGUUCUCACUUGAUAAAAUAAAUUUCAUUCUUCAACUUCCACAAGCAUUAAGACUGUGCUAAUCUUUUAAUGUCACUGGUUUUUAAAUAUCACUUUGUUUUUGUUUAGUGUUUACAAAUUUUUAGCUAUAAUAAAACAAAUCUCAUACAAUUUAUCAUUACCAAGAAAUAUGCUUUGUUUUUUAUGAAUAACCUUAUCAAACAGAUAUGAAAAGGGAAUUUUUUGAUGCUGUUUUAGUAAUUCUUGCAGAACUGCAGAAAUUCUGACAUGUUAACAUGUAUAGUGUUUGUUAACAUUUAUAUAUCACUAUUUUAAUGAUAUUUUACAUGUUUGUCCACAGAGGUUCCUUUUAACUUAAUGAUGUAGUGUUUAACAAAUGCAGCAGGCUUUGUCUUCGUAAGACUGGAAAUGGUUUUUGUGCUGAAAUGUUGUUAAUUAAGAUAACAAGAUAUAUGGAACAUUUUAAUUAGAUUUUAGCCCAAGGUAUAGAAGGAGUAAGUGUAAAUUUGAUGUUCAAAAGUUUGGUGCUUGUGUACAGCGUAUAAAGUGUUCUGUUAAGAAACUUUUCUCAGACAUUUAUGAAGUGUGUAAAUUAUAUCUUGGUCAGCAAUUGGAGAGGUCCAAGCCUGAAUCUCUUUAUAUUGCAGGUUGUGUAUAUGUGAUUGAUUUAGUAAGUUUAACCUUUAGCCUGCUGGCAGUAAGUGAUUCUGCCUUUGUGACCAGUGCAGACAAAGGUCAGCCUGCAUGUCCUUGCAGGCUGAUCAUGGUCUUCACUGUUCACUUUUCAGUCAGUAAAUUUUCAGUGAACACCCCUUCGAAUAAUAAAUGGCAUUGCCAAAAUUGAAUGAUGGACUGGUCUGUUUUAGAAAUUUAGCAGGCAGUGAAUGUAUAUUAAAGUUGAUUUGCCAUCUUUGUUGGGAUGGUAAAUGCACGGUAGUGCAUUUUAAGUCCCAAAUCUCGGUGAUUUUAUGUUCACUACAUUAUCUUUGUUCACAUGUGGUCUUAAUUGUUAUGGGCCUCCAAAACUGUUCAGUCCUGGAAAGAAAUCACAGCCUUAAAAGCUUGAAUAGCAGGAAGUAUUGUGGAAUGGAACUUCUGUCUGAUUUAGUUUUACUGUCAUUUUAAAAAAAACAACACAAUUUUAACUUUUAUUCUAAAAGUGUGAAUAGGUUGAUUCAUUCUAGAAAUUUGUUAUGUUCGUUUUGUACUGCUCAGAUAUUUGUAACUGAAAAAUAUUAUUUUAAAUUGUAUGUAAGAUUAAUUUUACUGGUCUAUGUACAUUAAUAUGUGAUAGGGCAUUCAUGUAUAUUUUAUGUAUAUUUCAGUAUUGUGCAUACUUUAAUCUUAAAAUUUGGUUUUAAUCAGAUUACCAUUUUUGUGCUUUUUAGUUAAUUAUAAAAAAAAUGUGAUAUAUUGAUAUUCACUGUAUUUUACAUAUAAUUGACUUGUUUGUAAAAGUGCCAAUUGUUUUUUAGCUACCAUAUACAGUAUAGUGGUAGAAUAUGGAGUACAAUCAAAUCUGUCUACUGACUAUCCUAGGGAUACCUCAAAAGUGAUCCUCAUUUCCAAAUAGUCUUUAUUCAUUUUAAAAAUAGAAACUGAAAUUAAAAUACCUGUAGUUGUCUUUAGAGCAGGUGGUCCUUGUUCACAUGUGGUCUUCGGGCACAGGUUUGAUUGUAUUUAUAUAAUAUUGUGUUUUUCUUUUCUGGUCUCUGAUAUACUUACUCGAUGAUUAUCUUGGUGCAAAUAGGAGAAAUGUGGCAGUGCAAAGAGCAUGUUAUAUUACUGUUUCCACUGGUAACGAAAGGAAUAGUUCUUACGAGUUUAGAUUGAAACAGGUGCAUUUAUCGACAGAUAAUUUAUUAUUAUGUGAUCUAAGGACCGAAAAAUUGUUAGUACAGACUGACUGUGGUCCAGAUGUAUGCGUAAAGAGGGCCACAGUGUGAUAGAUAUAUCAUAGGUACUACAAGUUGCAUCUGCUGUAACAAGAAAUGGCCUAUGGAAUAGCAAUAAGUAUAGUGAAGUGGAAUUGUACUAUAGGUCAGCAGUGUAAUGUGUUGAACAGUGGAAAUUGUGUUAAAGUAUUUUAAAUAUUUCUUAAGUUAUGUCUCCCACCACACAGUGGUGUGGGAGACAUAUUGAUUUACUCCAGUCUGUCUGUGUGUCUGUCUAUCUGUCACAAAGCUUGUCCACACUCUAAGUUGAACAUUUCUCAUCCGAUCUUCACCAAACUUCAACAAAAUGUGUUUGACCAUAAGACCUUGGUCAAGUUCAAUAACUAGUCAAAUCGGCCCAGGCACUUUUGAAUUAUGGCCCUUGAAUUACUGAUUGGAUCCACUCAUCCAGACCUUCUAAUUGAAUCCAUUCAUCAAGACCAUCUAGAGAAACUAGUCAUUUUUCAUAGGGGCACCAUCUAAUUGAAUCCAUUCAUCAAGACCAUCCAGAGAAACUAGUAGUUUUUCAUAGGGGCAGUUGUGGGAGACAUGCACUUUUCUCAAAAGCAUCUCUAGUUCUAUAGUCAAAAUAUAUUUGUUAAAUGGAAAUCUUUUAUCCCAGUUUGGUAAAAAUACAAAUCAAUACUUACAUGUUAGUUAUUGAGAAAGUGUUUGGUCUCUACAAAUGAGUUGUAUGUACAUGAAAUGCUCAUGCUUUCUGCAUUGCAUUGGCACAACGUAUGUAUGUUUUUCCAGUCACAUGAGGAAGUUGCAGAUUGUUGUAUCAGACUACAAAGGGGUGUUACCCAAAGCUGGAUAUAUUGAGUGAUUCACUUUAUGAUUUACACAUUCGAAAGCUGUGUUAAGUUUUAUGCCCCCCUCCCCCUCUUUGAAGUAUUGGGUAUAUUGUUUUGCCAAUUGUCAGUUGGUCAGUUUACCAUUUGCUUUCCGAUCAAUAACUGUAGAGUGCUUGGUCUCAAAAUGGCCAAACUUCAUUGGAUGAUUGCCAUUGGUCAGAAGGUGACCGAUGUUUUGCGGGUAAGUAGGUCAAAGGUUAGGGUCAUAGUGACAUUGAACAAUAAGUAAAGAACACUUUGACCUACAGUCACAAAACUUCACAGGAUUUUUGCUUUUUGUAUGCAGAUGACCCUUAAUUUUUUGCAGGGUGGUCGAGGGAAAGACCAUCAUGUCUGGUAUAUGUUUUUAACAGCUCUUGUUUCUGUUAUUUUUAUCUACAGUUAAUGUUUGACAUAUUAGAACUGUGUUACGUGACUGCUUAUAUUUUGAACAUACAUAACAUAAAAUACAUAUUGAAAAUAACACUUAAUGAAGGAGCAUUUUUGAAAGAGAAAAGGUUUUUAAAACUACCUGAAACAGAGUUUUCAAAAAAGAACAGGAUCUUCACAGUUGAAGUGUAGUGUGACAGUAUUUUGAAGCCAGUGUUUUGCAAUGAAGGUUUGUGUAUUGCAAAACAAAUAUAAUGCUUUUCAUGUUACUAGUAAGAUGAGUAUGAAAUUUUAUCUGAUAUAAAUUGGUAAAUUUUUCAAAUAAAUGUGUUUAUUAUAUCAUUUUAAGAUGGUUUAAAAAAGGUCAUUUUUCACACAUUAAACCCUUAUCAUGCUGGGCACUAUAGAUUCUGCCUUUGCGGCCAGUGUAGAUUGUGAUCAGCUUGCACAUCCGUGCAGUCUGAUCGUGCUCUGCACUGUUUGCUAUUCAGUCAGUAUCUUUUUGAUAAGCAUCCCCUUAAACAGUUAAUGGUACUGUCCAGAUUGGAAGAUGGACAAGUUCAUUAUAAAAACUUAUCAAGGUAAGGGUUAAAACUAAAGUGAUUUGCUGAUUUAUUGCUUAUUGAAGGUGUUUGUUGUCAAGAAGUGUAACAUGUAUAAUUUGUCUCUUUUAUGAAAGUAUUGAAAUGGUGCUGUUUGUUUUCAAGGAUAUUUCAGCAUGACAGUGAUUAGUUAUAUAUGUAGUACAGGUGGAUGGUAUGGCACCAUCCAUCAUCUUUCAUUAGUAUUCAUUAUGUAUGUUUUAUACAUCUGUCAUAAAUAGUAACAUCUUACGGAAGUUCAGAUUUGAAAAUUCUUUCAGCUUUGUACAGUUAAACACUCAUGAAAAAAUAAUUUUGUAAGCUUUUCCUUCCCAGUAAAUAUUUUCAGUUGAUAGAUUCUCACCAAACUUGGUCAGUCAUGUAUUUUGUUUGAACCUCUCACAGUUUUAUUUAGAAGAUUCUGCUUUUUAUGCCCCCGGCAUCUACUGAUGCGGGAUACAUAUAGUGAUUGUCCUGUCCGUUCCUUCGUCCGUCCAUCCGUACAAGGUUAACCAAAUUGGACGGUUUCGUCUAGCAUCAAUACCCCUUACUAGAACGACUUGAUGAUAAUGUAGAUGUAACCUGUGACCAUUCCUCAUCUUCAGACAUCACCUGACCUCAGUUUGACCUUGACCUUAACCUCAUUUUGGACUUAGGUUGCUUUAUAUGGGCCAUCUCUUGGUUAACCGCUUGGGACUGUUUUGUCUAGCAUCAAUACCGCUUACAAGAAUGAAUUGAUACUAAUACAGAUGUAACCUGUGACCAUUCCUCAUCUUCAAACAUGACCUGACAUCAGUUUGACCUUGACCUCAUUUUGGACUUAGGUUGUUUUGUAUCGACAAGGAUGCCACCGGGGGCAUCAAGCGUUUAUUGAACGCAGCUCCUUGUUUUGACACAUGUUUCAGUUAAUUUGUUCAUUCAUAAGCACAUUUAAACACCUUGCAUCUAUGCUUUUAACUUUCAAAUGAUUGAAGGGAUUCUAGUGAAACUGAUCGGUUGUUAACCGUGAUGUUGCAUUGUGUGUCUCGCUCAAGAGUCGGGCCUGUACCUCCAAGUUCAAGGUCUUUGGCAAGUUUCAUGCACACUCAUUUAGAGUAUUUUGUGCCUCAACUAUUAACUUUUAAAUACUUGUACGGAUUAUAAUAAAACUAAGCUUGCCACUUAGCUCAUUAGGGAGAACGUAGAUCUAGGGAUCUCAGGGUCGUGAGUUCGAUCUCCGGGCAGGGUGUAUGUUCUCCAUGACAAUGUUUUAAAAGACACUUUGUCUGAAAUCAUUCGUCCUCCACCUCUGAUUCAUGUGGGAAAGAUGGCAGUUACUUAAGGAGAACAGGUUUGUCCUGUUAAAGAAUGCAGGAAUACUGGUUAGGUUAACUGCCCACUAUUCCAUAACUGAUGUACUGUUGAAAAAUGGGAGUUAAACCCAAAACAAAUAAUAACAGCUCACACAAAUUGUAAACAUGAUAAGAAGAUUUGUUCAUGCCAAAGUCAGGUACCUGCCUACAAGGUCAGUGUCACAGGCAACAGUACUUACAGUUUCAUUAAAUUUCAUAAAUAGUUAAUGUAUUUCUUUUCUCAGGAUUCCAGUGAAACAUUACACAUAGGAGUACAUUCAAACUUUACACAUGGGAUUCCAUAUUAACAUUACACCUUGGAGUCCAGUCAAGUUUUAUACAAGGGAUUUCAGAUUAUAAUUGUAUACACAUGAAUCUAAAGACAUUUAACACCAGGGAGUCCAGUGAAAUAUUACACAUAGGAGUCCAGUGAAACUUUACACAUGGGAGUCCAGAUUAACAUUACAUAUUGGAGUCCAGUCAAACUUUACAAAAAGGAUUCCAGAUUAAAAUAACACAUUGGAGUCAGAUGAAACUUUACAAAAGGGAGUCCAGAUUAACAUAACACAUUGGAGUCCAGUCAAACUUUACAAAAAAAAAGAUUCCAGAUUAACAUAACACAUUGGAGUCCAGUCAAACUUUACAAAAAAAAAAAGAUUCAAGAUUAACAUAUUAACAUAACACAUUUGAGUCCAGUCAAACUUUACAAAAAAAAAAGAUUCCAGAUUAACAUAACACAUUGGAGUCCAGUCAAACUUUACAAAAAAAAAAAGAUUCCAGAUUAACACUUUACAAAAAAAAAAGAUUCCAGAUUAACAUAACACAUUGGAGUCCAGUCAAACUUUACAAAAAAAAAAAAGAUUCCAGAUUAACAUAACACAUUGGAGUCCAGUCAAACUUUACAAAAAAAAGAUUCCAGAUUAACAUAACACAUUGGAGUCCAGUCAAACUUUAAACAAGGGAUUCUAGAUGAACAUUACUCAUUGGAGUCCAGUCAAACUUUACAAAAAAAAGAUUCCAGAUUAACAUAUCACAUUGGAGUCCAGUCAAACUUUACAAAAAAAAAGAUUCCAGAUUAACAUAACACAUUGGAGUCCAGUCAAACUUUACAAAAAAAAAGAUUCCAGAUUAACAUAACACAUUGGAGUCCAGUCAAACUUUACAAAAAGGAUUCCAGAUUAAAAUAACACAUUGGAGUCCAGUCAAACUUUACAAAAAAAAGGAUUCCAGAUUAACAUAACACAUUGGAGUCCAGUCAAACUUUACAAAAAGGAUUCCAGAUUAAAAUAACACAUUGGAGUCCAGUCAAACUUUAAACAAGGGAUUCUAGAUGAACGUUACACAUUGGAGUCCAGUCAAACGUUACAAAAAAAAAGAUUCCAGAUUACAGGCUGUCUAGCAUACCCUGACAAAAAAUUAGGGCUAAUUUUAGGGCAGUUUGUACAAAAAAAAUAGGGCUAAAAUUAGGAAUUUGGUACAAUUUUAAGGAAAUUUUAGGGCUAAAUUUAGGAAUUUUCAAAUUAAAAUAUGGAUUUUAACGACCAUGUAAUGUGCUAACCUUUAUGUGAUUGACAAAAAAGUAACUCACAAAUAGUGCUUUAUUUACAGAAAAGACGUCUACCAGCUUUCCACUGUUUUCAGCUAUUGUUGGCUGUAUCCUGAGAACUUUUAAACAACAUUUAAAACAUUUUCUCUUUUUGAUCAUUGCAAAAAAGUUAAAAAAUUAGGAAUCUUUCUGAAAAAAUAGGGCCUUUUUAGGAAUUUCCUUUGAUUUUUUAAAAAAAAUAGGAAUUUUAGCCAAAUUGAAAAAAAAAUAGGAAAAAGUAGGAAUUUUAGGGACGCUAGACAGCCUGGGAUUAACAUAACACAUUGGAGUCCAGUCAAACUUUACAAAAAAAAAAAGAUUCCAGAUUAACAUAACACAUUGGAGUCCAGUCAAACUUUACAAAAAAAAAAAAAAGAUUCCAGAUUAACAUAACACAUUGGAGUCCAGUCAAACUUUACAAAAAAAAGAUUCCAGAUUAACAUAACACAUUGGAGUCCAGUCAAACUUUACAUGUCCAUCAAAUAUUUCAAAAGAGAGUCCAAUCAAAUAUAUAAGGGUUUCCAGAGAAACCUUACACAAA